AACUUCCUUUACAAUUUAGUAUUUAAAAUUUUAGGAGAAAGAGAUGUUUCACACAAAAACAGCUCAAAUAUAUUUUUCCUUCGAGGACAAAUCUGCAUAUUUCCUGUUAUUAUUACCUGCCAAUUUUCUUCUGAUAUGUUGUUCUAAUGUUCCGAAGUGUGAAAAAGGCUUUAAAAACUGCUGUGCAGAUUACAAAUGGAAUAAUGAGAUACAAGAUUGUGAAAAAUGCUCGCCGGGCUAUAUCGGGAACAACUGCAGUGAAAAAUGUCCCCCUGGUUACUAUGGAGACGGAUGUCAAGAGAUAUGUCAUUGUGACGUAAACGUGUGCAACAUUUCAAAUGGUUGCCCACCUGUUACUACAUAUACGAGGACAUUUGUUUUCCCCAAUAAUCUUGAGUCGCUCGCGUGGUGCAGUGGUUAGAGCAUGUGCUCCAGAGUCGCAAAGUAAGGAUUCAAUCCUUUUGUCGCAAGUUUGAGUCCAACUGUUGGACGUGGAGAUCGGUCUUUCGGGCGAGACCGUAUAAAUUGAGGUCCCUUGUCGCAGUAGGUGUUGGCACGAUAAAGAUCCCUGCCUGCUCAAUGGCCUUUAGUGCCGAGUAUAGGAUUUGCAGCUGCUCUCCACCGGCAAGUGGUGGCAUCUCCAUAUGAGUGAAAAAUUCUUGAGAGGGACGUUAAACAAAAUAAAACCAACCAACCUAGAUCUUGAAGUUUGACCUAAUUUUCAAAUAUGAUAAUUUUUCUUAAAACUUCUGAUUGAAAAAAGACAGAGCUUUCAUAUUUGAACUGUGCACUGCAGGCCUACCUGUGACUAGGUAUCCCCAGUCAUGCUCUGAUUUUUGACCCUUUGACCUAAAACUUCACGAUUGACCUAAUUUGAUAAUUCAUCUACAUUUGAUAAUAACUUCUGAAUGACAUAAUUUUGAUAUGACAUUCAUAUUUGACACAAUAUUCAUGGAUUAUGACAUCUCACCAACAAAGACAUCAAAUGCAGGGGACAAUUGUUCUUAAAAAAAUCUUUUUUAUUUCGAUUUCAGCAAAGAAUAUUUUAUCUUUAUCACAUGCUCUAUACGAUUUGAUUGAUUUGUUCCAU